AUGGCUAUCAAAACAAUAUACAUAGCAAGACACGGUUACAGAUCAAAUUGGCUUCCUGACGGCCCUUAUCCACCACCACCAACAAAUGUGGAUAGUGAUGUACCACUGGCAGCACAUGGUAUAGACCAAGCUAAACAACUUGCUGAUUUUGUUGCUAAACUAGAUGUUAAACCACAACUAAUCUUCUCAUCACCAUUUUACCGUUGCUUACAAACUAGUAAACCUGUAAAAGAGAAAUUAGAUAUUCCACUGUACGUCGAUAAUGGUGUAGGUGAAUGGUAUAGACCAGAUAGACCCAUUAUCCCAAUCCCAGCUCCCGUAUCUAAACUUAAUGGGUUAUUUGAUAGUAUGAUUUCCGAAGACUGGGAAUCAUCUAUUAUACCAAGUGAUAAAGGUGAAACUAAAGAAGACAUAUUUGAAAGAUGUAACAAAUUUCUUGGUAUUUUUAUACCUAGAGUUGAAGAAGUAUUCCCAGAAGUUUCAAGUAUACUUAUUGUAACCCAUGCUGCUACAAAAGCUGCUCUGGGUAUGAAUCUGUUAGGUUUCCCAGAUGCAAUUGUCUCCAUUGAUGACAAAGGUACUGUCAUCCGUAAUGGUUCUUGUUCUAUUGACCAAUUUGAUUUGAUCAAGAGUAACGGUAAAGAUGUCUGCGCUAAAGAAUGGGAACUGAAAAUGAAUGGUAACACAUCUUUCUUAACUAAAGGUGAAGAAAUGAAUUGGGACUUUAGAAAUGGAUUUGAAGCUGGAUCUGAUGCUGAUAUUCGUGCAAGAAAGUUGGCCGAUGCUAGAAUUCAAAGAUCCAAUUGA